CAAAAUCGUCGUGAAAACUUUGUGAAUCAUUGUCUGGGCCGGAAGUUUGGCACAAUUCAUUUGGAUACAUUACCCACAUCAAUUGGACUGGACGAUAGAUCGCAUUUGUUUCGGUUUGAUGACAAUACGUCUUUGGCCGAUUGGCUACUACAGUUCCUGUGCCACCCUAAUUCCGGUGACCACGGUGUUCGGUCAUCCACGUUUGAGCAUCGACUGUUUCUUUGGCUCAAUCUGUUUUUUUCACAUACGAACAAGGUGAAGUUGUUGCAAGACAAACUGGAUCUGUUACCGCUAUUAAUUGGCUUGGUUCAUGCAGAUGAUCAAAUCAGAUCACUUGCUCUGAAUGGACUCUCCUGCCUGAGCUCAACUCUUCUCAGUCAGAAAGAUUCGUUGGAGCGAUUUCGCCUCUACGGGCUGACCCAGUCCCUUAGUGACCUUGGACCAAUGUUCCUGAUUGGUGUACUGUCACUUCAUAGUUCAUCCAGUCCAAUGGCUCGGAAGGCCUUACUCUGCGCCUUUAAUGAUUUCGUUCGCAGUGUUCGAAACGCAUGUAGCUCGAUUCGGCCGAACGUGGCCAGAGAUGUUGUACCCUGUCGCAUCCUUAAUUCUUCGGAUUGUGGUUGGUUGCUGGACACUGCAUUGGGUUCGUUGGCUACUGUCAGUUCGUCUUCUCUAUGUGGAGUAACAGAAAACUGGACGCGUCAGGAAUUGGCGGUUCGGUGGCUUGCUCAAUUGAUGGAUUAUCAAGCCCAUUCAUGGAGUUCUACUACACUAUCAGAGUACAAAGAUUCGUGUGCUACGCAAUUAACCAUGUUCUGGCCCGGGAUGACCUAUCAGCGCUGCAAAAUAUUGACCGACAUCGCCUAUCACGCCAUCGGUCUGCUCAAUUUUGAACACGUAAGCGGGGAGAAGGAUCUAUCUGGUCAGUGGCGUACCGGAUACGCACCAAGUGAGUCUGUACCCUUUGUCACGUAA